CUAUCUAGCACCGGAUGAUGUCAUCGUGGGAGCAAUAAAAGAGCUUUUUAUGAGAGUCUGAACAUCACAUUGGUUUGGCAAAUGUGCAUAUUGAAUCGAGUCGAGUUGAGACAACAAGAACAAGAAGAACAGCAAAAAGGAAAAUAACAU